AUGCAUGGCGAAGAAAGUGGCGGUGCGUUGAUAUUCUCACUGAGCGUUUUAUGGAAAACUAAAUUGCAGGAAUGGGUGUUUGGAAGCAGAAUCUGUUUCUUCUUCAAGAACGAUGUCCCCGACCAAAUCCGAUAAUAUGUUCAAGUUAUGUUGAGAACCGACCAGCUCAAUAUGGUUCCGAGUUCCACGGAUUGAUUGAAAGGGAGCAGGUUAGUUUUUUUUUUUCAGGAUUGAAAAAAAUAAUGAAAAUAUUAAGGCCGAAAGGAUGCUACUGGAAGCUGGCGACGGUUCUUAUCUGGUCAGAGAAUCGAAAAGAUCAGCAGAUGCAUAUACUCUGUCUAUGGUUUUUGAUGGAAAAGUCUUGAAUUAUAAGGUCAUAGCAAUAGUUCGAGUUUGAGAUAGAAAAAUGGGUUUUCAGCUUUAUUAUGAUCCUAAUGAGGAUAAAUAUUUCGUGGGAGAAAAGAGGUUUAAUUCAAUGUACGAAUUGGUCGCCGAUGGAUUGAUUUCGUUUUUUAUUAAUUUACACGCUUCGGAUUAUAUUAUGAGUAUGGCUGAUGAUGCUAUUUAUGAAGAAAGGUUCGUUAUUUUGAAAUUAUACCUUUGAAAGUUUAUUUUUAAUUUUUAGCCCGUACUCGAAAUACACGAAAUCUUCCCAAGAAGUGACUCGGAGACCCGUCGCGAGAUGUCAUAACUUUAUUUCUUAUACUUUCAAAGCUCCGCACUAUUGCGAUUACUGCACUAAUUUCCUCUGGGGCCUUGUUCAUCAGGUUUUUUUUCGUCAAUUUUCUAAGCGUUUAGAAUAUUUUUGAAGAAAUCGAUUAUUUUUUACCUUGCUUUAAAUCCUUGCUAAUUAAUUUAAACCGAAACCUUGGAAAUUCUUCAAAUUUACAAAUUUUUUUUCAUGAUUUAUAACACCAUUUUAGUCAUUUUUAUCCAGGCAAAUUCUUCAAUAUGACGAUUUCUCAACUUUUUUUUUGGAAAAUGUUUUGUACAAAAAAAAAUGGUAAACAUCGGUUUGAAAAAUUUUCUGAAGGCUUUCCAAGUUACUUAAGAGAGACAGUUUAUUGCUAAUCUUUUUUCUUUGAGAUUUCUGGUUAAUACUUCUCUUAUCUGCUUCUUAGAUUCUCUAUUUUUAGAGCUUUUUUCAUUUUCUUGCCCUUUUUUCAUGAAAGGCUGAAAUGAUCUUCUUGGAAAAGCUUAUCAGUAGGUUCUUUAACAAAAGAUUUUCUGAGGGUGCUCAGCAGAUUUUUUCAUUCCUCUCUAGUAUCCUUUUCAUUUCCUCUGAUAAGAAAUUCUGAAAAGAUUUCGGGGGAUUUAAAAAGGAUCCUCUGAGGCUAAGAAAAAGGAGCUCUCAAAGACUCUUUUCAAUCAUUUUUAGAGCUUCAGAGGAACCUCUCAGCUUUUUUGGAGGGCCUUAAAACAAUUUUUCUGCUUUAGCCACGUUUGAGAGGCCCUUCAUUCCAGCUUGCUUUUCUGAUAUUUUCCAGAACCUUUUUCAAAAUUUUCCUGGUUUUCCAGGGAAUGCGGUGCGAAGAUUGCGGUUUCGCCGCACAUAAACGCUGUUCGGAGAAGACUUUGAACGACUGCCGGCCCGAGGCGAAAUACAUAAAACGGAUGUUUGCCGUCGACAUCACUACGUUAUGCAUGGCCCAUCAAAUCAAUGUGCCGCCCGUCGUCACAAAUUGCAUUCACGAGGUUUUUUUUGUUUGAUGGAGAUGAAGGAGAAGUCUUGAUAACUUCAAUGAAAACAAUUUUUUAUGAAAAGCGAUAAUAAAAUUCAAAAAAGGCGAUUUUUCCCACUUUUUGGUGUCAUUAAUUCAUGGAUUUGUCUCAUUAUACGAGUUUUUUUCAGCCAUGAUUUGAAUUUUACUAGAUCAAAAAAAGGAAGAAAACAUAAAUAAAACAUAAAUAAAAGGCUUUCAAAGCGAUUUUUUUCGAUAGAUAGUUUUUUUUAAUUCACUGGCAAAUCUCGAAAAUUGUCGAGAAGGAAAAAUCUAGCGCUUCUUUUUGAAUUUAUUAAAAAGAUGUUAAAAGUUUCUCUAAACCUCCUUUUUUUCUUGUUAUUUCUCUUUUCCUCCUAAAGAUUCCUUAAUUAGAAAAAAAGGUCAAAAAAAUAGCCUAAAAAGAAGAUUUUUUCAAAAAAAAGAAAAAUUUUUUUCAAAAAUCUUCUUUUUUUAGGUCCGUCUGGAACCUUAAAAAAAUUUAAAUGAUGAGUGAUUCUAUGAUUAUAAUGAGAAGAAAUAUUCAAAAAGUUAAAAGAAUGUGUGAAGAAGAUGAGGGUUUUGAUUAAGAUCGAACUUCGAGGCUUGACGGUCGAAGGGAUUUAUCGAGUUUCCGGCUCUCAUGACCAUAUGGAACGUCUGAAAGCGCAAUAUGAUUCACAGCAGGAUGUCGAUUUGUCGCAGGUAGCCUUUUUUGUACUCUCAAUUGAAUUUAUUGAAAAACCGGGACUUUUUCUUUUUUGAAAGCCUUGUCGGUUAACCGUUCAGUUCAUUUGUAUAAUGUUGACAAAUUAUUACUCGUUAAUUCAAAAAGGAUGUCGAUUUAUCGCAGGUAGCCUUUUUUUGAGCUUUUUAAUUCAAAUUUUUCGAAAAAAAUCAGGAAUUUUUUUCCUGUUUUGAAAUUUUCUAAAUGUUUGUUGGUUAAACCGUCUAUUUCUUCCGAUAUAAUAUGGAAAAAAACUUUUUUUGUUGAAUCGAAAAAAGUUUUCAUGCACCAUUUUGUCUUCUAUUUUUAUAGCAUUUCCAUUAAAAUCAUUUUUUUCUACCCUUGAAUUGAUCAUUUUAACAUUUUUACACAGUCGAAUUUGUAGAAGAAGUUAAAUUUCUCAAAAUCGUAUUUUUUUAUUCAAUAAUGUAUUUAUUCCAAAUUUUACUCUUCAAUAAGUCUUUCAACGUUUUUUUCAAAAAUAUAUUUCAGGCUUUUUAUUGAUAUUUCUAUAAAAUUGACUUUGAAAUUUUUCGAAGUUCACGUUUCACUAGAUUUUUUUAAAAUUAAAGUUAUACUGUCGGCAGUUUUUUUAAAAUAAGUUUUCACAACUUUACAUACGUUUCACUUGGCUCAUUUAUUAAACACUGGUGUAUUGCAUUUAAUAAUUCCAAAGAAAAAGAGCUUCAGUUUUCCGCCUGAUUAGUUGCUUUCGCUUGAAGUUGAUGGAUUUAAGAUUCACCAGAUUCUGUUUUCAAAGUGGUUCUGUUUCCGUUAUCAAGUUCCAUGGAGAUGAUAUUUUAUCAUUUUCUAAAUAUAUACUUUUUUUCAAACCGCUCCCUUAUACAAAAAAUCAACCCCUAGAGAGGAUUUUAGCGUUUUUUCAAAACUCACUAACGCAAACCGGACGCGCCACGGGCUUUGUAAUGAUCACUCUAGCAUCCUCAGCACUCCUCAGUGAUUACUGGAAACGUCUGGCUUGCAUUACCGGAGUCAGGCUUGUGCGAGAACUGUCCCUGUCAGCCUAUCGUCCUCAGCCAUUUUCUGAGCCCGGCCCGAAAUUUUUAAUUUUUUUUUUUCUCGUUUUCGAGAUACGGUAGUUCGAAGAAAAAAAAAAUCAACGAAUCUCGAUCAAACUUAGCCACAAGGUGCAAAAUAAUUUUUAUUCCAAUUAAAAAAUCCAACACCUCAUAUUUGCUCUUUAUUGCUCACAUUAGAGAAAUUUUUUUAACAAAGUUCAGAACCAGUAUAUAAAGUUUUGACCCGGCGUUUUCUCUUGAUUUCAUCGAAAUUAAAUUUUUUUACUUAAAAAUUGUCAGAAACCAUGAUUUUACAAGUGAAAAAGAUUUUUUUCACCGAUAUCAUCUUUUUUUACUUGUAAAAAAAUUUUUCGAGCUCGACCUGGUCCAAGCCCGCAUCGUCUUUUUCUCAAAAAAUGAGGCCCAAAGCAUGGGCCGCUGGUAAAGUUCAAAGAUCUCCCAAUUAUCGCCUUUCACGGACCAAUUCCUUCUCGAUUUCUUAAAUUCAUGUUCAACUUCGGGUCAUACUCGUUAAGAAGGGCUAAUUUCAGUUACUGGUUAUUCUUCUAAUUUUUUUGCUCUUCUAAAUACUUAUCUUCAUACCUAUGCAAUGAAAAAGCUUAUUCUUAUUAUGAAGGUUGACGAUAUCCACACGGUUUGCGGAAUCUUGAAGCUGUAUUUCCGGCUUCUGCCACAACAGCUGGUCCCUUUCUCCGUCUACAAACAGAUGUUGGCCGCCUAUUCAAGUAGUUCGGCUUUGUCGACACAUGACCGUCUUAGGAUACUGAGGUGAGUCCUUAUUUGAUGAGAAAGGGGGAAAAUUGAUAAUAAAUUCCAGAAAAAUACUCCAAGACUUGCCGGAAGACAACAUAAACACGCUUGGAGCAAUACUGAACCAUUUGAAGAAGGUAUUUUUCCUUUUUUUCUAGAUUUUGGUUUGAUAAUUUGAUGAAUAACUUGAAAAAAAGGUUCUUAGUUUUUGGUUUUUAAUUUUUCGGAAUAAUGAUUUUCUCUAUCAAAACAAGAAUUUUUUUGAAUUUCUAUUCCAAAUUUUAGUCCUAUUUUCUCUAUUUCAUGCAUAAAGUUCUCAUUCUAAAAAAAUAUAUUUAUAUAGAAAAAAAUAAAAUAAACGCUCAGGUCUCCGAAAACAGCGCCGUCAACAAAAUGACGGUCGAAAAAUUUGGCGACGAUUUUUUUUCUCCGACCCUUUUUUUGCUGCGGAACGGUUCCAGCCCUCCCACAACAGCAACAUCAACUCCUCCAUUUUAUGAUUGCUAA